AUGCCCAAAUCCUCACCGUGCGUAUUCCAUUGGUCUUCCCUGUGGCUGGCAUCUUUGACUACUUUGGUGGUGCAGUCGGUGCUUUCUUCCUCCUACUCUUCCUCCUCUACAUAUCGGAGAUCUGCAGCCGAUGGGAAGCGCACGGGCUUCAUGGAGAGGACGCUGGUUCUCCUGGACGUCAACACCCGCAGUCCGAUCAGAGUCCUCAACGACAACUUCCUUUCUUUGCAGCUGGACCCCUCGAUCAUCAAAGACGGUUGGCUGGACUUUCUGAGCUCCAAGCGGCUCGUGACCCUAGCGCGCGGCCUGUCGCCUGCCUUUCUGCGUUUCGGGGGAAAGCGGACCGACUUCCUGCAGUUCAACAACCAGAAGAACCUCGCCAAGUUCAGAGGGCCGGGGCCUGACUACUAUCUGAAGAACUACGAAGACGAUAUAGUGCGCAGUGACAUUGCAUUGGACAAACAGAAGGGCUGCAAACUGGCUAACCACCCUGACAUAAUGCUGGAGCUGCAGAGGGAGAAGGCCGCCACCACACAGCUCGUCCUGCUAAAAGAGCAACUGUCCAACAUCUACAGCAACAUUACAAUAACAGCCAGGUCUUUAGACAAACUGUACAACUUUGCCGACUGUGCUGGUCUGCACCUGAUCCUGGGGCUCAACGCACUGCACAGAAACCCCGACAACUCCUGGAACACCUCGUCCACCCUGAGCCUCCUCAAGUAUGGCGCUGGCAAGAAGUACAACAUCUCCUGGGAGCUGGGCAACGAGCCGAAUGCCUACCGCAGCCUGGUGGGUCGUGCGGUCAACAGCACACAGUUGGCUCAGGACUACACCAAGCUGCGAACCCUACUGCAGUCUGUGCGCUACUACCAUCGAGCUCACCUCUAUGGCCCCAAUGCAGGACGACCCCGGAAAAACGCAGUCCUUCUGCUGGACGGGUUCAUGAAGAACGCUGGCUCUGUUGUAGAUGCAGUUACGUGGCAACAUUAUUAUAUGGACGGGAGAGUGAACAAAGUGGAGGACUUCCUUAAAACUCGCCUGUUGGACACACUGACGGAGCAGAUCACUAAAGUCAACAAGAUUGUGAACACACACACUCCUGGUAAGAAGGUGUGGCUGAGUGGACUUGGGCCAGCAUGGGCAGGAGGCAUCAAUAAUCUCUCUGACACAUACGCUGCUGGCUUUCUGUGGGUGAACGCGCUGGGUAUGGCUGCUGUGCAGGGGAUUGAUGUUGUCUUGCGUCAUUCAUUCUUCGACUACGGAUACACACACCUUGUGGACCAGAACUUUAACCCUUUACCUGAUUACUGGUUCUCUCUGGUCUUCAAGCGCCUGGUUGGUCCGAGGGUUUUAACUGUGCGGGUGGCUGGACUGCAGAGGAAGCCACAACCAGGACGAGUCAUACGAGACAAGCUACGUAUCUACGCCCACUGCACCAGCUACUACAAUCAUAACUACGUGAGAGGAUCCAUAACAAUCUACAUCAUCAACCUGCAUCGGUCGCGAAAGAAAAUCAAGUUGGCGGGGACGUUACGGAACAAUACUGUCCAUCAGUACCUGCUGCAACCCUACGGCACUGACGGACUCAGAGCCAAAUAUGUCCAGCUGAACGGCGAGAAGCUGCUCAUGGUGGACAAUGAGACAUUCCCGGAGUUGAAACCUAAGACAUUGAGGGCUGGACGGACAAUAGCCAUGCCUCCCAUGACCAUAGGCUUUUAUGUCAUCAAAAACAUUAACGCAUACGCCUGCCGAAGAUAACACUGACCCGUCAUCCCGGAGCUUUAGGAGUGAUGCCCAGAAGUCUACCAAACCACAAACCCUCUGCCAGUUUGACCCAAAGCUUAAAAAAACGUUGUUAAAAGAUUUUGUUCACCUUUCCUGGAAAUCACAGGGAGGUAAAAAUACUACUUUGUUAGGAUUUGUGUGUCUUGCUCCAGGACACUUGGCUUGAAUACAGUACAAUCCUCUGGUUUCUGGUUUUCAAUGGUAAUAUUUAAAUUACAAUUAAACCCGGCCCUUCCCUUGUUGUCUUCUCUGCUCCAACAAAAGAAAGACUUGCCCAAGACACAUAAAAAGGGCUGCACUGAACACUUUUCAAUUCUUCUCACCAGCAACUACUCAGAUGCUACAAGACUUGUACGGACAGUGAUCGUUUUGUGGCUCAAGCUAUUUUAAGAUAUUUUCUUCCCUUGGAUUGUAAAAAACCUAGAGUUGGUUAUCUCUGUAUCUGAAGCAUACACAAGUCAACUUCAGUUGGACUUGAUCCUUUCCACAAAGAGAAAAUGGCGUGGUGCGUUCAAGGUCAUGCCUGGACUAGCCAAGUGCCUGUGUGUGUACUUGUGUGUGUGUGUGUGUGUGUGUGUGUGUGUGUGUGUGUGUGUGUGUGUGUAUGCGUGUGUUGAUAAAGCUACUGAUGUGUCUGUCCGGUCUGUUUUGCCUCUGAGAGUGUGUUUCUUCCCCUGCCAUAUCAAGUGGCUGCAAAGGGGAAAUCUGCUUCUUUUAAAGGCUGUUUGUAGUGUGUAUCAUUGCUUUUCUGCUGCAGGAUCCAAUCAGUUUAACUGCAGAGUACAAUAGCCAGGAUGUGUCUCUAGUGUCGUGUUGCAGCGAUGCAUAGCUGAAGAACAAUGUGAACACAUCCAUAACAUCUGUCCUCACACGCAGCUUGCAUCCGCACUAAAUCUGGUUUCGCUUUCGAUUAAAAAAUUUGAACUACCAGUUUUUCAGGUGUACUUUAACCUAUCUCACUAUUUUCAGUGUGAUCUCACGUUUAUAAUCCUCUUAUGCUGCUAGGGUUUUUAUUUUUUAUUUUACUAAAUAUACAUAUAUUUUACAUAAUUUUGUACAGAUUUGCUGUCAUAUUAUUAGAUAAUGUAUUGUACAUAAAAAGAGUGGUGAAAAUAAGUGAUUUAAGAUCGAUAUGUUUACUUACAUACAGUAUACAUCUAAUUUAUAUGAUUAAAUACUUUUUUUGUCUUUAUAUUUCUAUUAUAAAAGACUCUGUUACGUUAGUGGUGCUAAUGCUGAGGUGUUACGAUGCAGAUGUCAUAAGCACAGACAGUUUUUUGUGGAAGAAAAGGAAUUACUUAAGAUGGUUUACGGUUCAUAACCCAUGUUUCACAUUUAUUUUAGUUUUAGUUGAUAAUAUUGUAAUCAUCUUAUUUCAAGAUUGGCUUUUUAUUUUCUAGACUACAACCACAGAGUGAGUCAAAACGUCAUCAUGUGCUUCUUUAUUGACAUGAAUAAGAACACAUGUCUACACUCCUGCGUGGUGGAAGAUAAGCAGGUUCAGUGCCCGAACAUGUUAAAUAUAAAGAAUAUUUGUCCUCUGAAUGUGUUCAUAGUUAAUGUAGAGAUGUUCAUAUUUCUUUUGGAGAGCCUUAUUUUAAUAUGUAAUGUUUAAUAAGUGUGCUUAUAUAUUAUUUUUUCUUAAAAAAAAGUUUACAUUGAUAAUAAACACCUACAAAUACC